GCGGGGCCGACAGCCGUCGAGGGGCGGGCCAGGGGCGGGCGCAUGAGCCGCAGCGGGCGGGCCGAGGCGGGCAGCGCCAGCCGGGCCGGAAGAAGCGCUCGCCCGUGGACGCGCUCUCUCCGCGCUGCGCUCCGGCCGUGCGCCCUGGCGGAUCGGCGGCGAGGGGCUGCGCUCGGGGCCGCCGGGCAUGGGGAAGGGGGCCGGGCGGUGAGGGGCGAGCGGCGGGGGCCGGCAUGCGCCCGCCGUCGCCCGCGCCAUGGAGGAGCGCUGGCACAAAGUGCUGGUGGCGCUGGUGAUGCUGCUGCUCUUCGGCGGGCUGGUGCUGCAGUACGUGUGCCCGGGCAGCGAGUGCCAGCUGCGGCAACGCUUGCAGGCGGCCAGGGCGCUGGGCGGCGGGUCGUCGUCGGCCCGCCGGCAGGCCGACCCGUACCGGGCCGAGGACGAGAGCCCGCCGCGCUUCGUGCCGCGCCUCAACUUCUCGGCGGGGGACUUGCUGCGCCGCGUGGACUUCAACAUCAAGGGCGACGACCUGAUCGUCUUCCUGCACAUCCAGAAGACGGGCGGCACCACCUUCGGGCGCCACCUGGUGCGCAACAUCCAGCUGGAGCAGCCCUGCGAGUGUAAAGCCGGCCAGAAGAAGUGCACCUGCCACCGGCCCGGGAAGCAGGAGACCUGGCUCUUCUCGCGCUUCUCCACCGGCUGGAGCUGCGGCUUGCACGCAGACUGGACCGAGCUCACCAACUGCGUGCCGGCCGUGGUGGACAGCAAGAAGGACGCCAAACUGCGCCCCACCAGGAAUUUCUACUACAUUACAAUCUUGCGGGACCCUGUGUCCCGGUACUUGAGUGAAUGGCGGCACGUCCAAAGAGGAGCGACUUGGAAGGCUUCGUUGCACGUGUGCGAUGGGAGAUCACCAACUUCUGAAGAGCUGCCCAGCUGUUACUCAGGAGAUGACUGGUCAGGCUGUUCUCUGCAGGAGUUCAUGGAUUGUCCGUACAAUUUAGCCAACAAUAAGCGCUGGUUAAGCAUGCUACGAAAGCUGAUACCUCCAGCCUGGGUGGGGAUGUUACGAAUUUUGUCCGUCAUGCCAGAAGAACUUAUGCGGAACAAAAGGAGUUCUCUCCUAGACAGUGCCAAGGAGAACCUGAAAUGCAUGGCCUUCUUCGGCCUGACAGAAUUUCAAAGGAAGACUCAGUAUCUUUUUGAAAAAACAUUUAACAUGAAUUUCAUCUCGCCAUUCACGCAGUACAAUAGCACAAGGGCCUCCAGUGUGGACAUUGAUGAAGAGACUCAGAAGGGCAUCGAGGCCCUCAAUUUUUUAGACAUGGAGCUGUACGAUUAUGCAAAAGAUCUCUUUCUGCAAAGGUAUCAGUACAUGAGACAGAAAGAACAUCAGGAAGCCAGGAGGAAGCGUCAGGAGCAAAGGAAAAAGGCCAAACACGUUCACAACAAAGAACAGACCAACACAAAUUCAACUACUGAUUACAUAGGGAAUGUGGAGCAGUGGCGGUAAUAGAGGCUGAGUUGUUUUUCAGCGUCCUGAUUUGAAAGCCAAAACAGAAUUGCAAACUGCAGAAGAGACAAACUCGGCUUCUUUAGCUGUUGAAGAAUGCAAACGGUUCUCCUGUGGCCUUUGCCGAAUGCUUUUGCAGUCAAUGUUGUUCCAUAUGUGGGUUAACCUUUUAAUCUCAAUGUGUCUCAGAU